AUGCCGCUUGUACCCAAGACAACUAUAGGAACAUUAAUACCUGGUGCAACAACAAUACCAUCUGUUUUUGGUGUAACAACAACAACAACAAUUCCCUCUGUUCCUGGUGCAACAACAACAACAAUUCCUUCUGUUCCUGGUGAAACAACAACAACGAUUCCCUCUGUUCCUGGUGAAACAACAACAACAGUACCCUCUGUUUCUGGUGUAACAACAACAACAAUUCCCUCUGUUUCAGGUGUAACAACAACAACGAUUCCCUCUGUUCCAGGUGUAACAACAACAACAAUUCCUUCUGUUCCUGGUGUAACAACAAUAACAAUUCCCUCUGUUCCUGGUGAAACAACAACAACAAUUCCCUCUGUUCCUGGUGUAACAACAACAACAGUACCAUCUGUUCCUGGUGUAACAACAACAACAAUUCCCUCUGCUACUGGUGUAACAACAACAACAACAAUUCCCUCUGUUCCUGGUGCAACAACAACAUUUUCUUCUGUUCCUGGUGUAACAACAACAACAAUUCCCUCUGUUCCUGGUGCAACAACAAUUCCUUCUGUUCCUGGUGUAACAACAACAACAGUACCAUUUUUGGUGCAACAACAGCAACAAUUCCCUCUGUUCCUGGUGUCAACAACAACAACAAUUCCUUCUGUUCCUGGUGCAACAACAACAUUUUCUUCUGUUCCUGGUGUAACAACAACAACAAUUCCCUCUGUUCCUGGUGCAACAACAAUUCCUUCUGUUCCUGGUGUAACAACAACAACAGUACCAUUUUUGCCAGGUUUAAUAACAACUCCACCAUUAUUGCCACAACCUCAUACUACCUUAGGUUUAACCGGUUGCACAGUUGAUUUAGUUUUAGUUGUUGAUUCGUCAUAUAGCAUUGGUAUUGAUGGAUUUAUAACACUAAAAGAUAUUCUGGGUAACUUGAUCAAAAAAUUUGAUGUUCCGAAUGAUGAAACUAGAGUUAGUUUGGUGCAGUACAGCAAGCGCUCACAAGUGGAAUGGCUCCUUUCUACAUACCCUGGCAACUUAGAUGGAAUGUUACACACAAUUGCAGGCAUGCAGAUGCUUCAAGGGGUUACAUACACUUACCAUGCAUUGAAACUUGUAUUGCAAACUGUCAUAGAUGGUUCAGAUUCAGGAAGAAGGCCAGAUGUACCUUUUGUGAUUGUGCUUAUAACUGAUGGAAGAGCAAAGGAUGAAGACAUACGUGAGGAAGUUCUCAAUAAAAUUCAAGUUGUUCAUGAUAAAUGGAACGAAACAUUCCAUUUGAUCACUAUAGGGGUGGGGUCAGUUGACCCUCACCAACUUGAAGGCAUUGCAUCACAUGAUGACUAUGUUUAUACAGUGGAAGAUAUGAAUGAAGCAAGUUCACUUGUGGAUGAAGUGGCAGCGAGCAUCUGCAGACCUCUAGCUCGGGAAACAUAUCCAAGGAUUUUAACUACAACUAUAUCAUCAGUUCAACCAGAAUGUUCUUACAUGCCACCCACUGACAUUAUAUUUGUACUGGAUGGUUCUAGAUCUGAAAACAGUGAAUUGCGUUUGAUGCAACAUAAGAUACUGCUUUCAAAUUUAACAAAACUGUUCAAAAUUGGCCCAAGUGAUACUCAAGUGGGUGUAUUUCUCUAUGAUGAUGAGUUGCAUGGUUCAGGUUUGAAUGGUUUUCCUCUAAGUGAAAAAUCCAACAUAAAUGAGGUACAAGAUGCAAUUGAUAAGCUUGAGAAUCCAAACAAUGACGUCAUGUUCUUUACACCUGCAAUACAAGAAGCACUCAGUCAAAAGUUGCUUGAAUCUGCUGGUGGACGCCCUGAUGCUCGUAAAGUAGCUGUUAUUGAAAUUACACGCUCCCAACCACCUGACUACGGCACGUCUACUCCAUCUGUGAGUGGUGUUAUAGGCAGCACCAUUCUCACCAAUACUGAAGUGAUAGCUCUUGUUGUUCCCAAUGAUGAGCUUGAAGAGCUUGACUUGCUUGAGGAAUCAGUAGGAGACCAUGCCAGAUUGGUUUCAUCUGUUGAUUUCAGUGAACUAACAGAUCACGUCGAUCAAUUGAAAGAAUUGAUUUGCGGAACUCCUCCAUCAACAACAACAGGUCUUUUAACAACAACAACAACACCAACAACAGUUCAACCCAUUACCUCUUCGCAACCUACUCUUGCUGCAGAUUGCAGUUCAAUGCCGCCUACGGAUCUAAUAUUCAUUAUGGAUGGAUCACAAAAUGCUAACACAGCAUUGCCAUUCUAUAAAGAAAUGCUGGGAAAUGUUGCUAAUACUUUAAACGUUGGUCCUGAUGAUACUCAGGUUGGUGUAAGUUUUACAGGUGAUUCACUUUAUAAUGAAUACCCAACUGGAUUUCAUUUAAAUGAGUUCACCUCACGUGACAAGUUACUGAGUGGCAUCAAUAAUUUGACAAUCCCACUUAAUAAUCCUGGAAACUCUGCCUUUAUGAUUGAACGAGGACUUGAUCAACUAUUUCAAGAAUCAAAUGGAGCUCGACCAGAUGCCCAGAAGGUGGCAGUAGUAACAAUUACUGACGUACAAACCCCCAUGUCCAUUCCAAACAUUAACAAUGUCAUCACUGCUGGGGUUAUAAAAGGAGUUAAUAUCAUUGCACUGGUACUUCCCCCAAGUGAAGACCUCUCACCCUCCGAUAUAAAUGUCAUCCAGACCUCACUGGGAAGGGCAAUUAAUCCAUCGAAAGUAAUUCCAAUUCAUAAUGGCUUUGAACAACUGCCAUCUGUAGCUCACAACUUAACAAACUUAAUAUGUGAAGUUGUGCCAACACCAACAAGGCCUAUUGCUCCAACAUCAGCAUGCGAUAACGUGCCCAAUGACAUUAUUGUUCUUAUGGAUGGUUCCAGUGAAGUUGCACAAAAACUUAACAAUGACAAUUCUAUGGUUUUUAACUUCAUUCGAAAACUUUCAUCCAAGUUUGUAGUUUCUGAAACAAGAACGCAGUUCACUGUAUUAACAUACAACAAUGCAACCCACACUGAUUACAUAAACUACAUAUCACAUAAUGGUGAAGUGGCUACGAAUGGUGUGACUGCUACUCCCUUGUUUUAUGGAACCAGGAAUACUGGAGAUGCUUUGUAUGAUUUUGCUACAAAGUUCCAAAAUAAUGAAAUUGAAGGUUUAUCUGAAGAAGAUCGUCAUGUCCUCAUCCAGAGUGCUGUCAUCCUCCUUGAUGAAGAUGUUUCAUCCAACAUCCCAUCUCUAACCAGAGGACUUCAAGCUCUCAAGAAUACAGAUCUCAGCUGGCAUAUUUAUCUUCUCAUUGUUACAAACCAUCAAGAAGAAAAAGCAGAGCUUAAUGGUGGUUCUCACUCUGAUGAAUUGAAUGGGAAUUCUGCUUCAACUGGUGUAGAUGAAAACCUUACAGAUCUGAAAUUAAUGCUUGACAAUUAUCGGCCAUUUAUAAAGUGGAGCAUAGUGAAGGGAGGUUACCAAGCACUGAGCAAUGAUAUGUUGGUGGAUGAUCUCAGCACAAGAUUGUGUGAUGGAAUGAUGGCAUUUAUACCUCAUGAAAAUGUAACAACCACCCAGCAAUUUACCCUUCCUUCUGGUUACACCACACUACCAACAACAGUAGUUACCAACAUAACCACUGCAAUAACUCCAACGAGACCACCACCUGGAGAGUUUGAACUAGUGUGCGAUGAAAGAGCGAACCUCGCAUUUAUUGUGGAUGAAAAAUUGAUAAGUGGAAGCAAAGAUGAAAGAAAAUCCUUGAAGAAGUUUAUGGAAGAUGCUGUGGAUAUUUUCACCAUUGGUCAGGACCAUGUGCAGAUAUCUGUUCUGUCCACCAACCAACACACCAUCAUUGCAUUUGAUGCCAAUCAAACUGCUGAAGAAAUAAAAUCUGUUUUGAAUGAAACUUUUUCAAAUGUGGACCAAGUUUCCAAAAUUUAUGAGAAAGAAUCUAAUGCAAAUGAUGUGAUCCUAAAGGCUGUUGCAGAGAUGAAAAAGACCACUCCCGGAAAAUCUGUAAUAAAUAUAAUUUUGGAUCGAAAACCUGAACAUGUAAACCACUCUGUUCUUGAAGUUUUAUACAACAACAAUGUAACCAUGGCAGUGUAUGCUCGCCACCCACGAGCCACUGGGGGUCAGGCCAGGAAUCUUGUGAUUCAUCCAAGUCUUUAUAAACCCUUCAUGACUUUGAAGCAGUUUUCUAAGGCCGGAAAUACAACACAUGACUCUGUGUGUUUUGACCACCCAUUACGGCCUCCAACUUCUGCUCGCUGCUCACACCUAGUGGCUGAUUUGGUUUUCCUGGUCGACCGAAAACUCCUUGCAAAUAAUGGAACAGAAGCAAAAGCUCUGAUGAUCGAUUUAGUUGAAAAUUUUGCAAUUAGUCCAAGAAAUGUGAGGGUAGCUGCUGUUUUGUAUGGAGGUGGUAACCCUCCUCACGUUGUGUUUGGAUUGGAUGAUUACCACAGAAGAAGUGUGGUACAAGAUGCCAUCGUGUGGAUGAAUGGAACAUCAACAUCUUCAAGUUCACAAGACCUGGUUGAUGGCGUGGAAUAUGCAAAUGAAGUUGUGUUCAAUUCAAGAUUGUUGGAAAAUGUGGAACCUGGAAAAUUUAUUGUUAACUUAGGAAGUGGAAACAUUAACUUAUCACCUGAGUUAAACAGUCGCAUGAAUAAGGCCCUCGGAAAUUCUGUGACUUUGGUUCCAGUUCUAAAUGGGAACAAUAGUAAUAUAUCUGUACAAAAGUCUGUUUUGGUUCCUGACUUUACUAGUGAUGGCAUUCAGACAGCUGUUAAUGAGUUGGUGGAUUACUUAUGCGACAAAUACACUGGUUUUACCACACCCGCUAUGGUUACAGCAACCACUCCUACCAUAUGCUCACCUGAUGUAGAAGUUGUGUUUAUUGUAGAUGAAGAACUACUUACAAACACAAGAUUUUCAACACCUGUACAUGACUUCUUCUUACAGAUGGAAAACCUUGUUCAAUUCGGCCCCUCACAUGCUAGGAAUGGGUUAAUUGUUACAGGGAGAAAUCCAGACCUGGUCUUGUUACCUGACAGAGAUUAUACUCAAAAUUUGACGCAAGUUAUUUCUGGUUUAUUUUCAAGCAGACAAACAAAUCCUAUUGAAAUUGGAGAAACAAUUAUGGCAGCUGUUCAUAUGCUUAACUCAAGUAGAAUUGAAACUGAAGUUGAAAAGCACGUCAUUCUCUUGAUCAGUAGAACUGUAAGAGGAACUUUGACAAAAGAUAUUUGGGAUUCAAUGAAGGCACUAAAUAUGGAACUGGAUGUGGUAUCUGUAGAAACCAACUUCUUAGAAACGGGAUCAAUUGAAAGCCUUCCAUACCGUCAGUUCCCUGUGUAUCCAGCACAAUACCUUCCUAACACAGCACAAGUGAUCAGUUCUCAUAUUUGUGAAUCGCGGAAAUGGUUCACACCCCAUGCACCACCCAUACGUCCAAACAUGUUGUGUUCUGCUGCAGAUAUCACUUUCGUUUAUGAUAUGAUGCUUUUGUCUCCGUACAGUGCUGCAGUCAAGGUCACUAGUUUCAUGAAAAGAAUGGCUAGACUUCUGGAUCGAAUGAGUGGGCAGGAAAAAAGCAGAUUUGCUGCUGUAAGUUAUGGGAAGGAGCCAUAUAUCAACUUUGGAAUGGAGGAUUACCCAAGUGUCAUUGAAGUAGAAGAAGCUAUGAAUGACCUUCAUCAUUACGGAAGUGCUGUGCCUGCCAAUGUGGGCAAGGCUCUUAACUUUGUGCUAAACAAUGUUACCAUAAGUCACCCAAGACCUGGAACAAAUAAAAUUCGACAAACAAUUUUGCUUUUGAUUGGUAGAAACAGUUAUGACAGCUUAGAGCAAGCAAUCGAAGCAGCUAGAAGAAGAGGUGCAGAAGUGAUCACCUUCUUUAUUGGCGGUAUUCAUGUGAACAACCCAUCUGCUUUUACAACAGUGCCUGAUGGAUAUAUACCUGUACAUCGUCUCCGCGAGCUAAACAAUCUUGAAUAUGAAGUUAUUGAACUUAUCUGCUCUAAAGAAGAGGCCAAGGUGCCGGUUGAACCCACCCCACCUCCCCCUACUACAGCCCCACCAUGCAAGGUGGAUAUAGUAUUUGUAGUGGACGAUGCUUUUACAUCAAGCCGGCGAAAUCAACUUUCUCUGCAACGGUUCUUUGCAGAAAAUCACCGGCACCUUUACUUUGCUGACGAUCAUGUUCGAGCCGGAAUAAUCCGGAUUGGUCAAAAUAUUGAUUUGGUCACUGAAGGCUUUGUUUCAACUAAAGAGGAUUUUUUGGCUGCUUACAAGAAUCGAAUGCUGGUUUCACCAUCUUCCGGACCUCUUAUGGUACAGAAUGGUUUAGAAGCAGCGGUAGAAAUGAUUCAAACUUAUGGACGACCAGAUGCCCCUGAUUUAAAAAGGAUAAUAGUGCUCAUAAUGAGUAGAAAAGCAAGUGAUUUUAAUGAGAAUUUAAACAAAAUAGAGCAGAUUAAAUCAAGCGGAACUUUUGUAGCAGCCGUGGUUGCUAAUGAUGCAAUGAGUCUUCCAUGGAAAGAUAUUGUCAAUGAAGAUGGUUACCUUAAAGCUUUCAGAACACGGUUCCUGCGUUACUAUGCUAAAGGAGUUGUACAUAUGGUGUGGGACAGCACAUGUGACAGCAGAUUUGAACCACACAUUACCACAACCAGUGCACCAGCAGCAACAACAACCACUCUUGCUGGUGUUUGCCCACGUGUUAUGGAUGUUGUGUUUUUGGUCGACAAAAAUAUCUUGUCGGAAAAUUUGAAAGCAGGUUUGACGAGGUCAUUGAUGAAAGAUUCUCUACGUUCCUUAGAUUUACAGCCAGAGAAAACACGUUUUGGGAUUGUUAAGUUUGAUUCAGUUCCAACACUUGCCAGUGAACUGCAACGUUCUGAGGAUAUUGCGACAGCCAUAAGAACAGUGGAUGAUGUGAUGGAAUUCUCACCAAAUGAUAAAAAACCUUCUCUGCUGCCUGUCCUUGAGUAUGCUUCAUUACAAUUGCUGCUUGGAGAUGGAGUUAGAACGAAUUCUGAUAAAGUGCUUGUGCUUUUGCUUGACCAGUUGCCUUCAGAUGAACCUGAGGAAGUUAUUUCAGAAAUUAAUCGAAUUCAGCAACUCAACAUAAGUUUAAUAACAGUUGGUCCUGAAGAUACAUUUGUUCCAUAUGUAAAGCAGCUAAGUACUUUAAAAAAUGGAGUAAUAUCCGCGAGUCCUUUUUUGUUCAAUAGUAUUGUGAACAACCUUACAGACAUAUUAUGCCAUAAUGUUUCCAACUUCAAGGAACUUACACCACUUGUCACAACCACUGCAUUCACACCAACCGAGGUCACUACACCAAGUGGUAAAUGUGAAUACAAAGCAGACAUAGCAGUAGUUGUGGAUGCAUCGCAUAUAACAAAGAAACAACUAAAACAAGUAAAGGACUUUGUACGUGAGGUGUUGGAGAACUUCCAAAUAAGUUCAUCGCAAACAGCGGUUUCAGUUGCUUCUUAUGGCUUCAAUCUGUUCUUGGCAUCCAACUUCACAAAUGCAUCAGACACUUCUGUAGUUGAAGCAAUCAAGUCAAUUCAACCAUCAAACGAGAAUGUAACAUACACCUCACAAGCAUUGCACAUUGUAUUGGAUAGAAUUUUAACUUCAGAAUUAGGAGCAAGAAGUGAUGUGCCAUGGAAAGUACUUCUGGUGACCCAAAAUCAUCCAGAUGAUGACGUGUCCAGAGUAUCUGAUAAAUUAAGUGACAUUUCUGAUGCACACAACACAGGGGUGGAUGGUGUGUUUGUAGAAAUAUCAUCAACACCAAUUAUGGUGUUGCAUCAACCUAAACAUAUCACCAAUGUUCAAGUCAAUAACUUUGAUGAACUAAGCUCUGUAUCAGUUCUACAGACAGUGUUUGAUAAGUUAUGUACACCACCUAUUGAAGGUAGCACGACUCCUUCAUUCGAGUUCACAUCCGUUACUUCAGCAUACACGCCAAGUCCAAAUGUUACAACUGACAAAUGUGCCUAUUAUGACGUGGACAACCAACAAACUGUGUUACUGGACCAUGGAAGCAUUGCAUAUCCAGACACAAAUGAUAGUUGUCGAUUUUAUGUUUGUUCUGAUGAUGGAUCAAUGAGGUUCAGAGACAAAAGACUAAUGUGCGAUGAAACUAGAAAACCACGUUGUCAAAAUGGAUUUGAACCCGUUCUGUAUUAUGACCAUGACUGUGAAUGCCAAUGGCAAUGUCAAUGUUACUGUACAAUAGCUGGUGAUCCCGGCUACCACACUUUCGAUGGCUCGUUAUAUUUCUACCCAAGUUCCUCUGGAUGCCAGAAUACAUUGACUCAGUUUAAACUCGGGGAAGAGGAAGACCUUCCAAUGAAAAUCUUCCAUUCCACGGAUUCCUGUGAUCUCAAACACAUUGAUGCGGGGUCUUGUAUUGCGGAUGUUACAGUUCAACUGUCAAACAUUACUUAUCACCUGAGAAAUAAUCUUUCUGUCACAAGAAAUGAUGUUGUGAUUAAAUUGCCUCAUGAUGAAAAAAUUUUGGGUUAUAAAGUUCAUAUUGAGGUCCUUGGGAUCAUUAAGCUCCUUCUCACUGUAUCAGAGCUUGGGCUUGAAGUGCGUUAUGUGCCAGCUGUGCACUAUGUCACCAUCAGCCUCCCUGCGCAUCGGUGUGCCAAUAAAACUGAGGGAAUGUGUGGUGAUUGCAAUGGUGUGAGCUCCAAUGACAUGGUCAUGAGGAAUCAUAUACUGACCGAGGAUGCAACAGAAUUUGCAUACAGCUGGAACUUCCCCAAGAAUGAAGAGGAAAUAUGUGUGAAACCAGAACCAAUAAGCCAACAUUGCACACGUGAUCCUGAUCCGCUGUGUUUGAAGAUUAGUGAGGGAGAGGAGUUUGCUCAGUGCAGAUCACUGGUGGAUUUCAGUACAUACUAUGUGGCUUGCAGAAAUGAAACAUGCAGCAAGAAUUAUCCUGCAUGUGAUUGGUUGGCUGCUUUUGCUGAGGUGUGUCGUCAUGCAGGGGCUUGUGUUGAUUGGAGGACUGACACCGCAUGCUCAAUGAGAUGUCCUGCUGGUCGUGUAUAUGAUGCUUGUAGAGAUUCUCCUUAUGAGAAGAGCUGUACACAACCAUCAAAGAAGGUAAAUGAACCUAUUGAAGGAUGCUUCUUACAAUGUGCGGAUGAUGAAGUAGUUGUAGAUGGGGUUUGUAGAUCAAACAAGUUGUGUUCCAAGUGCUUUGAUAAUGAUGCUGCUGUUUACAGAGAGGCUGGUGAGAAAUGGACACCUGAAACAAACCGAUGUCGUGAAUGUGAAUGUGAUGCUGAAACUCUCAAAGUAAAAUGUGGCGAUCGAGUUUGUAAAAAGAAGGUUCCUCUACCUGUGUGUGGAGAUUGUGAAAUACCAAGAGUGUCUGGAGCUGACCCAUGUUGUCCCACCAAUCAACACUGUGAUUGUGACAGCAGUUGUAAUGCUUUAAAGCCAAGGUGUCAACACGGUGAACAGGAGCAGCGGAUGACAGAUGAACCCGGAUGCCGACCCGUGUACAGGUGCAAGUGUGAUCAGGACCUUUGUACAGAACGCAGGAUAACUUGUGAUUCACCCAAAGUAUUGGUAGAGGUGCCAACAUCAUGUUGUCCAGUGAUCAAAUGUGUUUGUCCAAAAUGCUCAAACCAAAGUGAGGUUGUUUGUGAACCGGGAUUAACUAAAAGAACCACGACUGACAUAUGCAACUGUGUGCAUGAGACAUGUGAACGUCUACCCGUCUGUGUGGCAAUUGUCAACAAUACAGUCGUAACAGCAAACCAAGGCGACACUUGGCUUGCAGAUAACAACCCCUGUAGUAAUUGUACUUGCACAAGGACUGAAGUUGGUGAAUAUGAAGUCAAGUGCAGAGACACUUCCAAUGAAUGUGGAUGUCCUCAAGGUUACAGAGCUGAUGAAACAAUUCGUUAUCCAAACCAGUGUUGCCCACAAUGUGUCUUCAAUCGAUGUCACUAUACAAGUGCUAAUGGGACUGACUUUUAUGAGAUAGGGGAAGAAUGGAAUGUUGACAAAAAAGGUUGCAUCAGACGCAGAUGCGAAAAUAUAAAUGGUGUGGCGACGUCUACCAAAGAAAUUGUUCAAUGUGAAGAACCUGAACCUUCAGAUUGUUCGCUUGGAUAUAAAACUGUGUGUGAGAAAAUAUCUUGCUGUGUGGAAUGCAGAUGCAUUCCUGAUGCUGUCUGUCUUGUUAAUGAGACCAUGCUACAGAAACCUGGUGACAGUUUCGACAUUGAUGCAUGUACAUCAUGUAAUUGUACAGAAACCAUAGGAACAGAUGGUUUCCAUGUAUCUGAUUGCAGUGUAACAAUAUGUGAUGACUGUGCGGAGGGUUUCAAAGUGACAGAAGUUAGAGGUUCUUGCUGUGGGCUUUGCAAACCAGAGCGUUGUACAUUAACACUACCCUACCAUGGAGAAAAUAAAACACAGAUAUUGGAAGUGAAUGAAAUAUACAGACACAGAUGCUCACAAUACAAAUGCAUAUCUGAUUCAAGUGGUUACGCAGUCAUUGUUGCCACUGAAGUAUUCUGUCCGCUAGUUAAUGUUACAAGGUGUAUCGAUAAUGGGGGAGUUGUCGUGUAUGAUGAUGAUGGCUGUUGUGCUGAAUGCUAUCAGUCGCAAAGAACUUGCCACGCAACAAAAUCGCAACCAAAGUCUUUGUCGAUUGGUGGCUGUGAAACUGAUCGUCCAGUAGAGCUUGCUUACUGCCAAGGAGAGUGUGCAAGUGGUUCACAUUAUCAUGAGAUUACUGGAAGCUUCAUCAGGCAUUGCACUUGUUGUUCAGCCACAGAGUAUUACAACAUGAGUAUUCCUGCCACUUGUGAUAAUGGAACUCAGACACAGCUCAAUUUUAAAAUGAUCACAUCGUGUACUUGUCAUGAGAACAAACAAUGUGAUUCAUGGACCUAUAUUGAUGACUUCCAUGCAUCUAUUCAACCAAUAAAUGGUGUAAUGAGUGAUGUAGAUGUGUUAACGUACUGGAACACAAGCAGCCAAUACAAGUUCCGUGUUGUUCAAGUAACCAAUGUAAAUGAUGAGACCGACGUGUACAAUACUGUCCAUGAUGUCAUGAAUAAGUUUGGAGUACAGGAUCCAGCAAUGAAGGUUGUAAAAGUUAGUGCUUUGAACACAACUUUCAACCAAGCGCUAACCAAGGGACUGGAUGCAGCGCUUUCUCAUCCAAUUGAAAGUCAGCAGCUACCAGAAGAUAAUAACGAUGAAAACUUGUAAAGUUCACUGACAUUGUAUCUCCCAGAGUAUCGUUUCACGAUUGUGUGUGGGCAUAUAUGUUCCUUUGUUUUAUUGUACCGCAAUAAAAUUGCAUCGCAUAUAAA